CAGCCUCCUCUCCCGGCCAGCCACCUUCUGCGGAGGGGGAGAGACGAGCGCACACCCUGCAGUCCCCCGUGACAAGCGAUGGGCGACAUCCCCAACCUCGUGAAAAUCAGCGUCUCCCUCAAAAUCCAGCCCAACGACGGGGCAGUGUAUUUCAAGGUGGAUGGGCAGCGCUUCGGCCAGAACCGCACCAUCAAGCUGCUGACUGGGGCCAAGUACAAGAUCGAGGUGGCUCUCCGGCCCGGCACUGUUCAGGCCACGACGAUGGGCAUCGGGGGCGUGAAUGUCCCACUGGAGGAGAAAUCAAGGGAUGCACAAGUGGUCUCUUACACAGGCAUCUACGACACAGAAGGGGUGCCCCACACCAAGAGCGGUGAGAGGCAGCCUAUCCAGGUCAACAUGCAGUUUAAUGACAUUGGUGUUUUUGAAACAGUCUGGCAAGUUAAAUUCUACAACUACCAUAAACGGGAUCAUUGCCAGUGGGGAAACAGUUUUGGCAGCAUUGAGUACGAAUGCAAACCGAACGAAACGCGCAGUCUUAUGUGGAUCAAUAAAGAGACCUUCCACUGAAGAGAAGUGAAAACAAUAGCGCUGGACAAUCUCCUUAAAGAAAAAUCUACCUUCUUCAACCAGCAAGAAGCCUUAACAAAGGCAUACUGUAAUGUUGCUUUGUCUCAUAAGGUUCUGGUUAACUCAGUUAUAUAUACAGUUGGUGCCACUAAAAACCUUGCCUAUUUAUGGUAUUUUAAGUUUACCAUGGCAUUGCAGAUUCUUUAUCUAUCAUCCUGAGACUACUUCAGGCAUCAUGGUAAAGAAUAUUUGAUACCUAAGUUUAAAAAAAAAAAAACAAAAACAAAGACAAGAGUCAUACUGUCAUAAUACUACGCCCACUAAACAGUUCCACUAGAUGCAACAACCUUUGUGAAGUGUUUUGCUUUAUUGCUUAGAACUUGGAUGCAACAUCACAUUGGUGAUUUUCGUAUUUAUAUUUGUGUUUGCUCCAAAAUCAGUGUACUCCUUCAACCAUUUUGUCUACACGUCAUAACAAUAGACAACAAAAAGUACAAGUUAUGGAUGUUCGUAGGUUUAGUAAACGGCAGCUACUGCACUGUUGAUAUUGUGCUUUCAUAUCAAGGGAUUUGGAACCUCACUGAUUCUCCUUUUUGUUGAGUGUCAUAAAAUAUUCUGUGAUGAAUUUCCUAUUUUGUGAGAUUUGGUAAAUUAUCAUUCUUUGUUAAGUUGCCCAGUCCCUGAAAUGGUUUCAGGAAAUAGCGUAAAAGAUGCUAACCUAAACAGAGCAAAGGCAAUAAAUCAGUCAUGGUCUUAACAAAAAGGAACAUCUAAAGACAUGAAAUAUUUACCUUAAGAUCAUAUAGUGUUUUUUGCAAGAUAUAGCAGUCAUAGUUAUCAGAAUAAGAGUUCCCAUAGUAAUCUCCAUUUGUUUUAAUGACAUAUUGCUCAAACCAGUAAAAUCCUACAAAUUAAGUUUUUCAAGCAGGACCAUUGUAUCACACCAAAAUAUACAGGAUUUCCUAUUUAAAAAAAAAAAAACAAAACUCAGCAUUGUGAAGAAAGUGCAUAUCUUGGUGCAUGCUUAUACAUGGAUUGUAUACCUUUAAAUAAAGAUAAGCAUGUAAGCAUUUGAAGGGUUAUGAGUUAAGGUGCUACAUAAACACUGACCCAGUGUUUAACACAUACAGAAAAUAAAAGCCAAACAUAUCUUUUCUUUCAGUAAACAAAGCAGGGAAACAACUACACCAUCCCAUCUCCAACUUCAUCUGAAGUAAGCUGUCAGUUCUUGCAUAUUGGUUGUAUUGGUUGUUCCCUUUGUGAAUAAUUUGUAAAUUGUGUACGUAAAUGAUAACCACAACUUUUGAUCUUUGUAAUAAAGGACUUAAAUUUAA